AUGUCGGGUAUGGGUGACGGGUACGUGGGUACCGCCCAAGACGCGGUGAGGAUUCGACGGUUGGAGAAGCAGAGAGAAGCGGAGCGGCGAAAAAUCCAAGAACUCAAAACCAAGUCUGCCUCCGCCAAGGGCCAACCCGGUCUCCUCCAAUUCGGUUCCAGCACUUCCGAGAUUUUAGAGACCGCCUUCAAGAAAGAAACCGUGGGUUUGGUCACCAGAGAGCAGUAUGUAGAGAAGAGGGUUAAUAUUCAGAGCAAAAUAGAGGAGGAAGAGAAGGAGAAACUUCAGAAGCAACAGCAAGAAGAGGAGGAGCUUCAAUUAGAAAAGCGUAAAAAGAGGAAGAUCAAGGGCAAUUCUCGGCUGUCCUUUGCUGAGGAUAUUGACAGUGAACUCCAAGAGGAGGAGGAACCACGUCAUGAUAAUCUGGAGGCUAAUAGGUUAAGGCGUGGUAAACUUGGUAAAGACCCUACUGUUGAAACUGGCUUUCUACCUGACAGUGAGCGAGAGGCUGAAGAGCAAGCAGAGCGUGAAAGGUUGCGGAAACAGUGGCUUCGUGAGCAGGAGCAAAUUCGAAAUGAACCUCUUGAAAUCACGUACAGCUACUGGGAUGGAACUGGCCACAGGCGUGUGAUCCAGGUACGCAAAGGUGACAGCAUAGGGGAGUUUCUUCGAGCAGUUCAACAGCAACUUGCUCCUGAAUUUCGAGAGAUUCGAACAACAUCUGUAGAAAAUUUGUUAUAUGUAAAAGAGGACCUUAUCAUUCCUCAUCAACAUAGCUUCUAUGAGCUAAUUGUGAACAAAGCUAGAGGAAAAAGUGGGCCGCUUUUUCAUUUUGAUGUGCAUGAGGAUGUACGAACUAUUGCUGAUGCCACUAUAGAGAAGGACGAGUCUCAUGCUGGGAAGGUUGUAGAACGGCACUGGUAUGAAAAGAACAAGCAUAUAUUUCCUGCUUCAAGAUGGGAGAUAUAUGAUCCAACAAAGAAAUGGGAACGUUAUACUAUCCAUGGCGAUUGA